CUCCGCCAGUGCAGCAUUCUUUAUCAUUGUCAUAGCCUACAGCUAGCAGCAAGUGAUAAACAUGAGUGGACGAGGAAAAGGAGGCAAAGGUCCGGGCAAGGGAGGCGCCAAGCGUCACCGUAAAGUGCUCCGUGAUAACAUCCAGGGAAUCACCAAGCCGGCUAUCCUCCGUCUGGCUCGCCGUGGCGGAGUGAAGCGUAUCUCCGGCCUGAUCUACGAGGAGACCCGCGGUGUCCUCAAGGUCUUCCUGGAGAACGUGAUCCGUGCCGCCGUCACCUACACCGAGCACGCCAAGAGGAAGACAGUGACCGCUAUGGAUGUGGUGUAUGCUCUGAAGAGGCAGGGCCGCACUCUGUACGGCUUCGGAGGUUAAACUCGGUACCUGAACGCACCAAGACCCAACGGCUCUUUUAAGAGCCACCCACAACAACAAAGAACAUGUCUCUGUUAUAAGUCUCAUUAACUUAGUAAUAAUAA